UUCUUUCCACGGGAUUCCCGAAAGGCUUAGGAAGGCUCCCACGUUUCGUUUUAGUGGCGUCGUAAAUAAAAAGAAGUGGGAAGCUUAGUUACAGCAGAGAUGACGCCUCCGCGAUUCUGAGAGUCCCUAGCGAGCCAGGGCUAGCGGAAAGCGGGGGUGCCGGGGGACAGCUUCGUCCGUUCCACCCUGGGAACUGUAGUCUUCCGCCCCUCGGAUCCAACGGCAACCUCGGCGUCUGAACUCUGUUACCCAGAAGGUUUCGCAUGGCCGAAGGUACAAUUCCUCGGUUAGUCGUUCUCGCCAGCAAUUAGCGGAACCUAUUGACUUGGCGCACAAGGCUCGGCGGGCCUGCACGAAGCUAGUUGCUAAGCAAGGGGAACUUUGGUCAACUGCCACCUGGGCCGAGGCAACAGGAAAAACAGUACCCGGGAUGGAGACACCGUGGAUAAUCGCAAUCACGCGACAGAUCGGGGCUACAGGCUUCAGGGACCACAUCACGACCUAUUCCCGACCUUAGACAACUUAAGCGAGGAGUGAAAUGAACACUGCUGCCAGUCCUAACAGGGCAUUAAGGCCAAAGGUGGAUCUCACAAGAUCCUUUUCAUUUCGGAACUCAAAGCAGGUGUACACUGGGGUCCCCAUCAUUGCCGCCAAUAUGGAUACUGUGGGCACCUUUGAGAUGGCCAGAGUUCUCUGUAAGUUCUCUCUCUUCACUGCUGUCCAUAAGCACUACAGCCUCGAUCAAUGGCAAGAGUUUGCUGGCCGGAAUCCUGACUGUCUUGAGCAUCUGGCUGCCAGCUCAGGCACAGGCUCUUCUGACUUUGAGCAGCUGGAACAGAUCCUGGAAGCUAUUCCCCAGGUGAAACAUAUAUGCCUGGAUGUGGCAAAUGGCUACUCUGAACACUUUGUUGAAUUUGUAAAGGAUGUGCGGAAGCACUUCCCCCAGCACACCAUUAUGGCAGGGAAUGUGGUAACAGGAGAGAUGGUGGAAGAGCUAAUCCUCUCUGGGGCUGAUAUCAUCAAAGUAGGAAUUGGGCCAGGCUCUGUGUGCACCACCCGGAAGAAAACUGGAGUGGGGUAUCCACAGCUCAGUGCAGUGAUGGAGUGUGCAGAUGCUGCUCAUGGCCUCAAAGGGCACAUCAUUUCAGUAAGGCCCAAGGAUGGAGGCUGCAGCUGUCCUGGGGAUGUGGCCAAGGCUUUUGGGGCAGGGGCUGACUUCGUGAUGUUGGGUGGCAUGCUGGCUGGGCACAGUGAAUCAGGUGGUGAGCUCAUUGAGAGGGAUGGCAAGAAGUACAAGCUCUUCUACGGAAUGAGUUCUGAAAUGGCCAUGAAGAAGUAUGCUGGGGGCGUGGCUGAGUACAGGGCUUCAGAGGGUAAGAUGGUGGAAGUCCCCUUUAAAGGGGAUGUGGAACAUACCAUCCGGGACAUCCUAGGUGGGAUCCGCUCUACAUGUACCUAUGUGGGAGCAGCGAAGCUGAAGGAGUUGAGCAGGAGAACUACCUUCAUCCGAGUCACCCAGCAGGUGAAUCCAAUCUUCAGUGAUGAGCACUAGACCUGAGCAGUUCUGUGCUCCCAAGGCAACAUACUCAUCCCACAUACUGUGGCUGUGUAUUACUUCGUCAUUUCCUAUUGUCUUACUCCUGAGAGUUCCUGCAAUCACUCUAUAUUUCUCUAUGGGCACACUGGAAAUGCCCAAGGCACUUACUAGGGAGGAAGCAAGGAAGAAAACAGUCUGAGAAAAUGAUGUGAGAGAAUCAAAUGGUAAUGUAAGGACCCAGCAUCCUGAAGAUUAUGAAAAGGAAAAGACACUGAUUGAUACAUAAUGUUUUAUAUGGCCUUGAUCUGGAUGAGGUAGGCUUUUAUAAUGUCUUGUUAGCCAGCUUCAUUAAAUGGGACCUUCAAAUAUCUAAAAAGCUAAAAAGAAGUGUUUACAUAUUUGAAAUACCUCAAUAAAGACAGAUCCCACUGACUAAAAAAA